AAUAAGGCAAGUAAUGCCUUCGACUUGAUAACGGUAGGUUCAUGGUCGUUAAUAACUGGGGCUCCGUUGGAUUGUUCACAACAACAGAGAGGAAGGCGCACCAGCUCCGGCCAAAUAAAGCCCAGCCGCGUUUUGGCACCGCACACAAACGGAAACCAACCGUUCCUGCGUGACGAGCUCCGUUCUUCUACUGUUAGCUGUUGUUUGUAACGAGCUAGCUUUGUCCUUCGCAGUCACAGCUGUGGUGGGUCGCUGAUAUAUUUUUUUUUAUAUAUAAAAAUCGCCGUGGAAUAUGGCUCAGAAUAGACAUCAUGUAGCCAGUUCCCAAAAAGCAUUAAUGCUGGAGAUGAAAAGUCUCCAAGAUGAGCCGGUCGAAGGGUUCAAAAUAACUUUGGUGGACGAGUCGGACCUGUACAACUGGGAAGUAGCGAUAUUCGGACCCCCGAAUACACACUACGAGGGUGGUUAUUUUAAGGCUCGGAUCAAGUUUCCAAUCGACUACCCGUACUCUCCACCGGCUUUCCGCUUUCUCACCAAAAUGUGGCACCCGAACAUCUACGAGAACGGGGAUGUGUGCAUCUCCAUCCUUCAUCCACCAGUGGACGACCCACAGAGCGGUGAGCUGCCAUCGGAGAGGUGGAACCCCACGCAGAACGUCAGGACCAUCCUGCUCAGUGUGAUCUCUCUGCUGAAUGAACCCAACACGUUCUCCCCCGCCAACGUGGACGCCUCCGUCAUGUACCGAAAGUGGAGGGACAGCAAGGGCAAGGACAGAGAAUACAUCGAGAUCAUCAGAAAGCAGGUGGUGGCUACCAAAGCGGAUGCAGAGCGGGACGGUGUCAAGGUUCCUGUCACGUUGGACGAGUACUGCGUCCGAACCCAAGUCCCACCCACGGACGACGGCUCCAACCUCUUAUACGAUGACUACUACGAUGACGAGGAGCUGGAUGAUGAUGAUGACGACGAGGAUGACGAUGAGGACUGUUGCUAUGAUGAGGACGACUCGGGCACUGAGGACUCCUGACCUCGCCCGCCUUGCGAUAUCGUCCCCCUGCUCGCUGUUCUUGUUCUCAACACCCCCAUCCCACCGCUGACCGCCCUCUUCUGUCAUGAACUGAACUUUGAAUCCCCCUCUCCCCCCUUCUUCCCCAGUACUCACUUAGCACAGCCCCCGUCCACCUGCUGUCACAUGUGCAGUCACAGCGUGCGCACUAAAACCCGAUGCAUUGAA